GAGUUUCUAGAGUAGCCCUCAGUUGCGAAAAGCUCCCACAGCCGCGAACGCUUCUUCACAGCCGCCUUGGCGCCAGGUAAUUUCUUCUUAUGGAUUCCCUGAAAAGAAAAUUUUUAUGGAAGCCCAAAGGUUAUGAAGCUUUGGAAGAAUCUAGCUCAAGUGUUGAAAUUAGUCCUGUGGAGUCUCUUCUAGAAUAUAAAUUGAUUACCAUACAAAAUGCAACAAAGAACUUCUCUGAAGCAAACAGGUUAGGAGGAGGGAUAUUGGGGCCAGUAUACAAGGGAAAACUUAAAAAUGGAAUACAAGUUGCUGUGAAGAGGCUUAAGAAAUAUGAAGGGCGAGCUCAAGAAUUUCAAAAUGCAGUGACUUUAAUAGCUAGUGUUCAACACAAUAAUUUUGUGAGGCUACUUGGUUAUUGCUGCCAAGAAGGAGGAGAAAGUAUUCUUGUCUAUGAAUUUUGUCCAAAUGGCAACCUUGAAAACUUUUUAUUUGAUCCGGUAAAACGUGGAUAUUUGGAUUGGGGGAGACGCUACAAAAUAAUAGAAAGAAUAGGCAAAGGGCUUGUUUUUUUGCACGAAGACACUCGUCUACAUCGCAAUCUCAAUGCUAGAAACAUUUUGCUGGAUGAAGAUUUAAACCCAAAAAUUAAAAAUUUUCACAUGGCUCGGUUUGCUUUGGACAAAGAUUACAUUGGAUAUGAAUUUGGGUCGAAAACUGUUAGAUAUGAGGCACCAGAAUAUGUUCUCCGAUGUGAAUUAUCUGUUAAAUCAGACGUAUAUAGUCUUGGAGUGUUAAUCCUGGAAAUUAUAAGUGGACAAAGAUUUGAUAGACCCUUGGCAAGUUCGGAGGAUCAUUUCGCAUACCUUUCAUGCUAUGUUUGGAUAGAAUGGUCAAAAGGGUCUUCUUUAAAUGUAAUAGAUCCAAUGUUGACGGGUAUAUCAAGUCCAUUGGAUGAUAUAAUUAAAUGCAUCCAAGUUGCAUUGUUGUGUGUUCAAGGAAAUGCUAAAGAUAGACCAACAAUGGGUGAAGUUGUUCAAAUGUUAAGUAACUUAUCAUCUGUGAGCCUUCCAAUACCCUCAGCCCCUCUACAUCUUAGUAUUGAGAGAAGAAUACCCGUUUCCAAAAUGAAGAAUCUAUGAAAGACCUUGGUGACAGUUUAUUUCCUGAGCUGUUGGACAAACCAGAUAAGGACCUAACCUCUGAAUUGCAACCCUAGGACAAUUAUGACUUUUAAGAAGAGGAGUUUGAGGAUGAGGAUGUUUCUGAGAGUCCAGGUGUAAACCCUGCGAAGGAAUUGAAUAUGAAGAACAGGCCUCAAUUUGAGUACAAUUUGCAAAGCAUCAUAAUAAAUAAUGAAGAGCAGAGGAGGUAAUUAAUCUGAAUUAAACCUGGUGCAAUGACUUAUCUGGCCAAGGUAGUUCAUCUGCCAUUGUCCGAAUCUAUGAAAUUUUUGCAUCGCCAAAGAAAGAAGUGGGUUUGUUAGUACCGAAGAAUCUGGCGAAAAGCUUAAGAACCUACCUCAUUUUGUCUAUAAAUUCAAAGAUAUUGUUCCCAAAAACUAAUCGUAACCGAAGUUUUGUGUAAAAAGACAACAGAUUGCCCAUGUUCUGAGCCACUGAGGUUGAAGUUUCUAAAACAUCAGCCUCAGAACUACGAUUUGAGAACCAAGAACCUGCCUCCAUCAAUUUGAGUGGAGCUUGCAAAGCACAAUACUCAGAUUCAAAAUGAGAGGAAGAAAUCUUAAGCUUAGAUGUUCUUCGCUCGCAUGGAGUGAAAUGGAGAUUUCUACAUAUCACUAGCCCAGAAUUAGGAAAGUAGUAGGUCAAUGCAAGAAGAUAUCUAGAAUUAGUUCUAGAUAUCUACUUGCUUAUAUAUAUAUAUUGACAUAAAUUAAAUAACUUAGCUUGUGAAUAUAGUGUUGUUACAGGCUCGGAGUGAUUGGAAAUGCGGGUUUGUUUCAAAUGUGAUAGAUCCAAUGUUGAGAACGUUCAUUGGUUGCUUUGUUUAAUCUGCAUACGGAUUUGGUAUUCAAUUAGUAGUUUGUAACAGCUUGAUUGUGUCCUGUUUUAUAGAUUGUACUCAUUAUCUUGAUAAAUGAGA